AUGGCCACUCGCAGACGAGGUCGAGCACGUUCACGAGAAAGUAGAAAUGAGCAACCGGCUGACAACUAUGCCAAAUUCAUGGUGGCCAUGGCUAAUUUGGCGAAGACCAUUGAAGCCAAUGCUGCUGCGACUUUGCAAGCUGUGCAGAGUUUAGGCCAACUGGCCAGAAAUUGCAACGGAAAUGGUGAAGGGAAUGUGAAUGAUAAUGCUGAGGGACAUGGAGAUAAUGCGGGAGGUGCCUCGAUGACCUUGGCGACUUUCCUCAAGGUUCAUCAGGCAAUUUUCCGAGGAUCAACUAAUCAUACUAAAGUGGACAACUGGUUUCAGGCCAUGGAGCGUGCUUUACAGGCGCAGCACGUUCCGAAUAAUCAAUAUGUUGAAUUUGCUGCUUAUCAGCUGGCAAGAGAGGCCCAACACCAGUGGCAAGCAGAGUGCCAUUUGCUACAGCUCCAGAAUGCUGAUGUCCCUUGGGAUGUAUUCCAGACGGCCUUUUACAAGAAGUACUUUCCUGAGUCUGCAAGGGAAGCGAAGGAGAUGGAACUGAUGCAGCUAAAGCAAGGUUCCUUGUCAGUGGCAGACUACACAAGCAAGUUUGAGGAGCUUUGUAGGUUUUUUAGGGUCUGUCAGGGUGCCCCAGAGACCUAUGAAAGCUGGAAAUGUAUAAAGUAUCAGAGGGGGUUGAAGGAUAACAUUAUGACUGCUGUGACUCCUAUGGAGAUUCGUACCUUCUCUGAAUUGGUAAAUAAGGCAAGAGUGGUGGAGGAGUAUGCCAAGACAGUAGCGGCGUCCAAGGAUACUCAUGGAGGGAAUACUAGUAAAGGACGUGGCAAGUAUUUCCAUCUGAGGGGACAAAGUUUCAAGAGAGGAGGAUAUGCACCUCAAGGUCAAGGAGGCUUCAGAAAGAACACUCAAGAUCAGUUUCAGCAUGGCAAAGGGAGAGGAAACCAGAGUAAGAUUUCUCCAGAUUUGACUUAUGUGCGUUGUGGAUAUUUUCACCCAUAUGACUCGUGCAAGAUUGGUUUAGGUGGUUGUUUCAACUGUGGAUUGCCUGGCCACAUUGCGAGGGAUUGCACUCAUGGGAAGAACCCGAAUGCGGGUCAGAGUCAGCAUCAAGGUCGAGUUUUUGCUGUGAAUGCCAAGGAUGCUUCUAAGGCGGAUCCGUUAAUAAGAGGUAUAUGUUUAAUUGGUGAUAAAACAUUAAUUUCAUUGUAUGAUACUGGAGCUUCACAUUCGUUUAUUUCGUUUACUAAAAUUGAGGAACUAUGCUUGAAAGUGUCAGAAUUAGCAUUUGAUCUGCAUGUACAUACUCUGCAUCAGACAGUGGUGACUAGGUCAGGUUGUAGGCAAGUAGUAUUCAAACUUGAGGGUAGAGACUUUGUGCAUGAUUUGAUUUGUUUGCCAAUGUGGGGAGAGUGUCAGGGUUAUAUCUUGUUAACUGCUAAUGCUUCAGGCGAUGCCCAGAACUUAGAUCAGAUUCCGGUAGUUAGAGAUUUUCCAGAGGUAAUCCCGGAAGAUAUCCCUGAGUUCCCACCUCAAAGGGAGAUUGAAUUUGCGAUUGAAUUGGUACCGGAAGCUGGACCAAAGAAAGAUGGAGGAAUGCGACUGUGUGUGAAUUACCGACAGUUAAAUAAAGUGACUGUGAAGAAUAAGUACCCGUUGCCAAGGAUAAAUGACUUGAUGGAUCAAUCGCAAGGAGCCGGAGUGUUCUCCAAGAUUGAUUUGAGAUCCGGUUACCAUCAGAUAAGGGUGAAAGAGGAUGAUAUCCCUAAGACUGUGUUUAGGACACGCUAUGGGCACUACGAGUUUGUGGUGAUGUCCUUUGGGUUAACGAAUGCACCUGCUGUUUUCAUGGACUACAUGAACAGAGUCUUUCGUCCCUUUUUGGACAAAUUCGUGGUGGUUUUCAUAGACGAUAUCUUAGUUUAUUCUAAGAUGGUGAAGGAGCAUAAGGAACACUUGAAAAUUGUGUUGCAAAUCUUAAGGGAGCGGAAAUUUUUUGCUAAGUUGUCCAAGUGUGAGUUCUGGAAGGAGGAGGUGAAGUUGUUAGGUCACGUGGUAAGCAAAGGAGGGAUAUCGGUGGAUCCUUCUAAGGUAGAAGCGGUGAUGGAAUGGGAAAAACCAACGACGGUGACGAAAGUUAGAAGUUUCUUAGACUUAUCUGGAUAUUACCGGAGAUUCAUUGAAGAAUUUUCCCGGAUUGCACUACCGAUGACUAAGUUGACAAGGAAGGAAGUGCCAUUUGUGUGGACGUCGGAGUGUGAAGAGAGUUUUCAAACUUUGAAGCAAAAGCUAACUUCAGCACCUGUUUUGAUUUUACCGGAAUCGCAUGAACCAUUCGAAAUUUCAAGUACAUUUAAAACGGAGAUUCAGAGGGCUCAGCAAGAUGAGCAAAAGCUUCAGCAGUUAUUUCAACCAGUUGGUGAAAAGAGGCUUGGAGAAUUCACCAAAGAUGAUGAAGGAUUGUGGAGAUAUAAGGGGAGGAUUUGUAUACCGGAUGUCGGAGUUUUAGACAAGACUUAUUGUCGGAAGCUCAUAACAGUGGGUUUUCUAUUCAUCCUGGAAGUACAAAGAUGUAUUAUGAUUUAA